UCCAUGCAUGGGAAAAAACCAACUUCAGUGAUCACAAAUAGUGAUGAUGCAAUAGGCAAUGUGGUAACAAAUUUGAUACCAAAGGCUAGACACCGACUUUGUGCAUGGCAUGUGGGGAAAAAUGGGUGUCAGAAUUUGGAAGCUGUGGAUACACAGAGACAUUUUUUCUAUUUGAUAUUUGCUGGAUAUAUUAAUGAGGAAUGGGAAAGCGCUUGGCAGUACUUUAUGACAUUGAACCACCUGGAGAACAAUGAAUGGGUAACUAGUAUGUACAAUAAACGUGAAAGGUGGGCAGAGGCCUUUUUUCGAGAUCAUUUUUUUGGAGGAAUAUGCAGCACCCAACGAUGUGACGAGAUGCAUAGAAAUCUUGAAGAAGGUAUUGACUGUUAUAUGAAGCUGUAUGAGGUGUUGCCCCGGAUGGAGAAAACAAUUGAGCGGAUAAGAAAUCAGGUUCUACAGGAUGAUUACCGAUCACAGAACUAUAGCCCAGUAUAUGGAAACCACAUGCGUUGUUUGCAGGAGGAGAUUGGGAAAAAAUUCACCCGUGACAUAUUUCUUUUAAUCAAGGAGCAGAUCAAUUUUGAGUCUAACUUUGUUAUUGGGCAGAGAGGUGUUCAUCCAACAACUGGUGCAUCAUUGAUUUCGCUGAUGCAAUAUGGAAAGCCUGAGAAGAUGUGGAUUGUGUCAUACCAACCUUAUGAAAGCAACCCAACAUUUGUGUGUUCUUGCAAACUGUUUGAGUCUGAUGGAAUUCCCUGUUGUCACAUUUUCGCCGUCAUGAAAUUUGAGAUGCUGACAACAUUGCCAGAAUCCUUGGUGAAUAAAAGGUGGACGAAAGAGGCCACUGUUAAGAGGACAUUAUCAAGUUCUGGUUUGGUUAGUAACAUGUCUGUGCAGAUUGCACGGUAUGGUGAUUUGAUGGCACAAUGUGUUAAAAUCUGCCAUAUGUCUUCCUAUAGUGAGGAGGGGUACGAUGAGACCAGAGAAGCUCUGAGCCAGCUGACAGUACAAUCCCAAAAAUACUGGGGUGGAAGUGAGUUUGAAGACAGUGUCCUUACCCAAAGCCAGCCAGGUGAUUUGACUCGUCACCCCGAAGAAGCCCGGACAUUUGAGUUUUUUGCUGGGUAUGAGAAAAGUAAAAAUGCUGCUUUGGACUCCAAAAUUACUGGACUUCCAGAUUUCUUUCAAUACUUCAGGCCCUUUCCCAAUGUGUGGCCAUCUUUGCGGGCAUCAGUCGCCAAGGGCAAUUAAUCUUUGGAAUCCAGUACAUGGACGUGAAAUUAAGUGCAGAUUUGCAGAUGGGGGCAAUGUCAAGGAUCUAUUAACAAUUUUUAUGGCUACUCCAAAUUCAGGUGUACAUACUAUCAUCUGUUUUCCAGGAAACUGGAAAUAGUUCGGCUACCUCCACAUCAUGCCGUAAACAAGCUUUACUUGAGAACAUGUAACUGAGUUGGUUGUUGUACUCGUGUCAGUGAUGACUGGUUGGCGGAACAAUCUACAUGCAAGAGCUCUAUUUAUUAUGAAUUUUGGAAUCUGCAACGUCUUCUAGUUUUACUUGCUUAUUGUGUAAGAUAACACAGAAAUGUUAGUUCUCCAUUUCACUGGUAGUCAGUUGACAUUUCUACUUCAAGCUGUUCAAGUCUGUUCUAUUCCUCUUGGGGAAUGAUCUAAACCCGGCUCAGUGAGUUUAACAAUAGUGACAGGGACCUUCAUUUACCGUUAUUUGGUCUGAAGUUACAAGAUUACUAGUCAUUCUCUACCCG